AUUUACACAGUCAUUAUUAAAACAUGAGGAAGGCCAAGUUACACAUCACCGUGGUUACGGCAAAAUCACUUUUUCGACCUUUAUUUCAAAUUUCACACACACAAAUUUCACGUAUUUUUAACUACAGAAUACAGGCGUUACAGAGAUACCAAUUUUUAAGCAAGAUGUCGGUGAAGUGCAUGUACAGUUUGCUGGACAAAAUGCUUUUGUCUUUGUCCUGCAGCAAUCUGACUGGUCAUGUAAACCAGAAUGCAAAAGGUAUGAAAGGAAUAAGUUACAACAAUAUAAAAGCAGAUGAUGUCUACCCAGGAAAUCGGAAGCAUGCUAGCCGAUACAAGCCAUACAGAACGACAAUUUCAAGGCGUUAUCGAAAGAUGGCUCGACAGCCGCAUGAUUCAGAAAACCUCGAUUUAAUGAAGAAGGACAUUAAUCAGUUGAAAUCGUACAAACACACUGAUAAAACCAACCCCCUUUACCGUUCGCUUUACGCUUACAAGAAAUCCUAUUAUAAGUUUAAAUGUAUCGACAAAAAAAUUCGCAAAUCAUUUCAUAACUUUAGCGACUUUGAAAUGAACCAAUUGUCAAGGAAGGUGGCCAGUUUCAGAUUGAGUAAGACAAGUAAGGAUAAAAUAAUGUGGCCUCCACUCUACAAAUACAAAGGGAACAUCGAAAAAAGACCAAAGCCACAGACUCCCCAUCCGCAAGGAAGCAAAAGGUUGAUUCUGAAGCUCACGACCAAAUCGUAUCCUCACGAAAUACUCCAACCACUUUAUCCUAGUAAAGGGCAUGCCGAUACAGUUAUUCCUAACCAAGUUACUGUUAAAGUAGCAGAAUUGAGGAAAGAUGUGAAAGGAAAAGAAGAAACGAACAAAGAUAAAAAUGCUGUAGAAAAAAAAGAUGAAGAAAGCAAAAAAGUGUCUAAAGAGGAAGUUGAAAAUUUGAAAAUGAAAAUAAAAUUGCACAAACAGUCUAAUAUUUACUUAGACAGCAUCAACCGUCUAUGCUACAAAUUGGAAAAUAUGACAGAUAAAAAGCCAGAAUCUAUUGUACACUAUUUGAAAUCCUCUUUAAAAAAAGAACUGGAUGAACUGAAAGCUGUAGCACCAAAUAAAUACAGGGAAUUGAUGAAAGAAAAUAAAUUUCAUCAACUUAAGCUUGAUAUGCAUAUUACUAGUGAGAGACUAAGAGAAAUCACUAAAGAUAGCAGUCGUUUGAUGAGUGUAAAAACAGAAAGUCAUAAAGUGAAAAACAAACAAAAUGUAAUUUCAAAAGACAAAGACAAAGAUGCAAAAAUUGCCCGAGAAUCUAGAAAUGAAGAACUCAGUGAAAUUCCAGCAUCUCCUGCAGAGUUACUGCAAAGUUCUAAUCCUGCCCAGUCUAUAUUUUUAACAGCAAAAACUACCAAUAAAACAACAGCAAGAGCUUUCUCGACACACCAUUUCUUUGACGAUGUAGACACUUCAUUAUCUCUGAAAAUAGAAGAAAAGCCAUUAGAUAUAGCCUUAUCACGCGAAAAAGAAGGAAAAUAUGCAAGCUAUAUAAACUCUAACCUCAACAACAAAAAAGUGUUAAAGUACAUGAUGGAAAAACACAAAGGGUACUUAGAAUCAAAGAGCAAGAAGGACAGGCUAAAGUCAGAGAAAUUCAAGCUGGAUAGUAAAGAUUUUAACAUGACAAAAAAUUGCUCUGAACACAAAUUUCUUUCGGUGUCAGCGGGUAGGGAGAAAAUGAAUAUUAAAUUAAAGGAAUUUCAAACCAGAUUAAAAUCUUACCAAAGUGACAAAACAAGUCAGCCAAUUUUUGAAGCAAAAAAUAACAUGCUUCAGACAACAGAACAAAUGAUAACACCAGUUGCCCAACCUGAAGAACUAGGUAAUACUGAAAUCGAGCAUUUAAAAACAGAAACACUGAGCAUCCCUGUGGGACUAUUUAAUAGCCAAGGAAUGUCGUUACUUACUACAAAAAGAUUUUAUUCGACUUCACCGAAAGUAAACAAUAGCACUUUGAAAAAAAUUGCUGAGAAUAAGAUGGCUUACCAACCCCUCUACUUUUACAAGAAGGAUAUUACGAAUGGCGAUGACCCAUCCAAAACCAGUCCUUUCAACGAACGGGCAGUAGUAAAUCCGCCUUCCACGGUUGACAGAGUCAAUACAAGAAUUAAAGUUAAUUUGGAUAACUUGGUAGGUACCGGCCAAAUAAAAAUCAAUUUGGAAAAAAUGGACGACUUAAAGUUGGGUAGGACGACCAUACCUACGACCAGCUCUCAAUAUUUACAAACAGUCACUUUUCCUAGUAAAAAUGAACCAUUGUCUAAACUAAAAAAGAACGUACUGCAGCUGAAAAAACUGAUUCAUGAGAAGUUGGGAAAAGAGUAUGUAGGUACAAACAAGAUAGCGUAUGAUGUGCCUUAUGCAAUCACUGCUCCGAAGAAAAGUGAUUUGAAGUCACUCUCUUCUCCAACCUGCACAAACAGAAGAACAGAAAUCAAUCCGAUUGCUGAGAUGACAUCUCCAUGUAUUUGUGAUAAUAAAAACAUAGAAGAUAAUACUAUAAACAAGUUGGAGUUGCCGUUUAAACAAGAAUCAGUAUUGGAUAUGAGAGAAAUGAGCUUAGAAGAAAAAAAUGCAAGUGAUAAGUUAAACGCUAAACCUAUUUCAGAUAAUGAAAAAUCACAUGAUUCGUGGAAAAUGCAAAUUCGGGAGACUGUUUUUAAUAAUAGUCAAGUCGACAAUAGCAUGAUCAAUCAGCGAAGUGGGAUUCUUUUGAAUCACCCAGAUGUGUCGUUUCCGAUGAAAGAAACAGGCUUCUUUUCUGGUGGUCUAAAACUACCACCUCCUUGUGAAUUUGAUGGAACUAAUACAGCAAAUGUCAAACAGGACAGUAUAGAAGCAAAAGAGUGUGGUUCUGUUAUGCCACAAAAGAAUGAGAAUAAUCCCAGCCGAUUGCCGAAAGAAUCUCACGAGCAGUUAUUAAAAUCAAACACUUCACCUGAUGCUAAAACAACAACCGUAAGUAAAGCCACCGAGAAACCCGUUAAUACAAAAUUGUUACAAGAAAUGAGAGCUGAAGUUCAAAAGGCAUAUGAAAAAUCACUUCAAGAUAUUACAUCCGAAGUACUUAAAGGUAGUGAAAGUCAAAGUACAAAUAGUAAAGACCCAAAACCCUACUUAGAAAGUAAAACUGGAGUGUCAAGUUCUGAUAGAAGUAGAUGUUCUCAAAAAAUAAAACGUACAAAUAAUAAUUUGAGAAAAAUUAAGUCAAUGGAAGGAGUUCACAAUUUGUUCGAAGAAUUGUAUGAUACAAGUAGAAAAGAGGUUGCACAAUUGACUUCCCGAUCACUCGACAGGCUUGGGCAUAAACAAUAUCUAAGUAAAUUUGACAGCUUGAUGAGCAGGAUAGCUGAUAAAAUUUACAACAGAGAUUCAUCAAAAAAUCAUAAAUAUGUUUCCAAAGAUGAUGGAAAGAAAAACAUGUCAGGCAUAUCAUCUAAAAUAAAUUCGUCAUUCCCUCCCUGGAUGAAAAGCAUUUUUGAAAAAAAGAAGUAUAGCUUUAAUAAUUCAAAUGUUAUUGACUGUAGAGAUAAAUCAAACAUCAAAUUGGAAAUUUCAGGCAUUUCAGGAAAUGUGGCUUUAAAUUUAACAAGGGAUAGCAAAAAUGGCGCUUUGCAAGCUACACUCUCAUUACCGAACUGUGUCGUUGCACAGAAUUCCAACAAGGAAAUAGCUUGGUUAGAAAAACAUCAUAAAGCAAAACAUGAAUUAUUUAAUAAACAAAACCCAAAGUUUAGUUCCCUUACUUUUACAAAAAAAGAAAAUUUAUCAGAUGCAAAAGAAAAAGAUUCUUCAAUAUUAGCUUGCCAGAAAAAAUCAGCGGCUUCACCCAAUGAAGAAAAUCCAACUUUAAAAUCCAGCGAAACAGACUCAACAAAAAAUUGUACAAGUGAUGCAAAUCUCCAUUCAGAUCAACUGGCUAAAAAAGAGGAAGCAGCUCCAAAAAAAGAAGAUACUUCAAUUAAGAGUAGUGAGAAAUGCACAGAUAUUCCCCAGCCCAUAAAAGCACUCAAAAGUGAAGAAAAUGUAAAAGUUGAAAGUUGUGACAAACCAGUUAUUUCAAAAAGUGAAGAAACACUUAUGUCAGCCCCUCCAAACAAUAAGUUAGAAAAGAACGAAAAUGUUGAAAAACCAAAAGACACUUGUCCAAGCAAGACCGAAGUAACACCUCAAUUGUCAAAGAGUGAAGUCAAAUUAGAAAAUGUCCCCAAGGUUAGCAGACCCCCUGAACCAUCAGAUAAAAUCUGUCCUAAAGCUAGUUCAACAGAAAUUACUCAAGAAGUUAAAGCUGAAUUGCAACAGGCUAAAUGUUCAACGGAUGAAAAACCAAAUGAGCCAAAGAAAAAAGAAGAGUAUUAUUCUCGUCGAGAAUCUAGUAGGCCAUCUUCUCCAUUAAGUUCAAAAACAGACAUCCAAGAGUGCCUUCCAAGAACAUCUAUAGAAAAAUCAACACCAAUGAUGAGUCUGUGUACAGUGAGACCAAGGAUUAAACCAAUAAAUCCUGGUAAAAGAAAGACACGCCCGAUUCCUUCAGAAGACAAAAGUGAAACUUGCAAUAAUGAUAUGUAUAUGCCACCAAAUAUUAAGAAUUUUAGUAAAACAGAAGAAUGUAAAACAAGCUCAAAGAAGAAAGCUUUUAACGCAGCGCAAAUCAAAGCAAGUGAUAUUCCAAAUAAAAUGUUUCACAUACAGCAGCCAAUGUUGAAGUGUUUCAUAGUCCCUGAAGGGAAUUUAUGUCCAUUAACUCCCGAGAAAAGUAGCUCCUGCAGUUCCUUGCCAUCAGGAUGUAAGACUAAUAUGAAAAACCCUGCUGAUAAAAAAAUAAACAAUCGAAAGAAUUGCUUGUCUAUGGCCAAGAGAGAAAGUGAAAAAGAAGCUUCGAUUCAAAGAAAUGUAAUCUAUCCCAGAUCACGGUCAAAAAGUCCAGAGAAGCUGUUAAAGUAUGAAUCAGCAGAAUGUAAAGAAGACAAGGUGAGGCUAGAUGAGCAUGAAUUUGAAAACGACUUUGUCCCUGAUAUUCCAAAUGUGACAUCGGCCAAAUCACAAGUGACCUUAUUUGAUACUAAAAGCAUUUCAGUCACAGUGCCUGAAACAGAUGAUUUCACUAAAAAACUAAAACUACCGUGCCUGUCUGCAGAAUAUGAGAAAACAUGGUACACUGAAGCAGGUCUAAACAACACUAGGCCGACUUCAAACAAUUAUUAUUAUAAAAUUUCAGACAUGUUCUUUCCCAAAAUGUAAAAUUUUGUACUUGUAGUCUAAUAAAACUUGAACAAGAAACCUUUUUUUUUCGUA